CUAGCUAGCUAGCCAGCUAGGUUGGGUCGUCGGCGCUGUUUCGUCCUCUCCAUCAGUCUGUCCAGUCUAUUAGGGGUGGCCGUGUGUUUGUCCAACAGUGCGGUGGUGUUUCUGCUGCUGCGCCUCUCUCAGGGCUCCAUGCUCGCUGGGGUAUUUGUAUCCUCGUACAUUGCUCGGUUGGAGCUGUGUGACCCUUCACAUCGUCUCAUGGUUGCCAUGGUCAGCGGCUUCUUCGGCGUGUUCGCAGAGCUGCUGUUGCCAGGCAUCGCUGUUCUGUGCCGCGACUGGCCCGUACUACAGGCUGUGGCCACUUUGCCUCUGCUCCUGCUGCUCUCCUAUUGGUGCUGUGCAUCAGUGUUUCCUGAGUCCCCUCGCUGGCUGCUGGCCACAGCUCAGAUCUCUCAGGUGAAGAGGAGCCUCCAGGAAUUCUCCACCAGGAACGGUGUUUGUCUGCGAGAUGAAAUCUACCCCGCUGAAACCCUGCUGUCAGUUUUUCUGUUUACAGAGAUAGAUUCAGCAUACGGAGAAGACUGGCAGCCAAGGUAUUUGUCAGUUCUGGAGCUGCGUAGGACUCGUGUUAUCUGGAAGAACUGCCUCAUCCUCAGCUUCACGCUGUUCAUUGGAACAGGCAUCCAGUACUGUUUCACCAGAAACCUGCAUAGUUAUUCCACCAACUUCUACUUUAGCUACUUUCUCCGAGUGAUAACUGGAGCAUUGGCGUGCAUCUUCAUCUGCUUGACUGUCGAUCACUUUGGUCGGCGUGGUAUGCUUCUGCUCUCUGCCAUCAUCACUGGACUGUCAUCGCUGCUGCUGCUGGCCCUCACUCAGUACCUGCAUGGUGGCCUGGUGUUGGUGCUCUCUGUCGUGGGUCUGCUGUUCUCUCAGGCUCUCGCCAUGCUCAGCAUGUUCUUUGCCUGUGAGGUGAUGCCCACUGUGGUCCGAGGUGGUUGUCUUGGCCUGGUGCUGGCAGCGGGUUGUGUUGGCAUGGCCGCCUCCUCCCUAAUGGAGCUACAGAAUAACGGCGGCUACUUCCUCCACCACGUCAUCUUCGCUUCCUUUGCUGUCCUUUCCGUUCUCUGCAUAAUGCUCCUACCUGAAAGCAAACGCAAGACGCUCCCAGACUCCCUGAAGGAGGGCGAGAGCCAGCGCCGGCCUCCACUCUUCCUGGCACGGCCCAACAGGGACAGCCUGCCGUUACUGUGCACCCGGCCCCCUUUGUCGGAGUACAACCCUGAUAACUAUUCCCGCUUGGUCUCUGCCACCAGGAGGAUGUUAAUUAAGGAUAAUUUGCCUUACAGGAUCACUGCGCCAAGUCAUGCCCCUCUGCUGUCGGACAGUCCAGCACAGGGACAAGAGAAUGGGACACUGAGAGAGGAUAUAUCUUAACCUAACAGACCCUUCUCAUCCCCAUCCCCAUCUCCAUUAUUAUCUGAGUCACUGACAGGUCAUAACUCAACUAAAGAACCGACCUCGGUUUGGAUGCAGUGCACUUUAGAGUGAUGGCUCAAAAUUUGUCAAUUUCCAGCAUUAUAUCAGUCUGUUCUUGUUUUUUACACUUGAGGCCGUUACUGUGUGUGGUUGCUUUUUCUCAUGUGGAUUCAGGUGAUGCACUGAAAAACAAUGGCCAUCUUUUGCUAAAGUGUUAUCCAAACCUUUUUUUUUUUUUUUCUAAAAUGGAGUGCAGUCAAGGUCAUGCUGCUCCUCUGUGUGGACGCAUUCAAUCCAAAUUGUGAUACACCAGUUUCACAAGAGGAGCUCGCUCAACCGUGCAGCUGCUGUGGAUCAUGUGAGCAGCAGCCCUUUUGUCCAUUUAUUAGUAACUCAUGUAAUUUUCAUUAGGUCUGUCCGUCUGAUUCACCAGCAGUGCCUCAGAGCUGAGAAGAAGCACCAAGACACACAAGACUGGUUCAAACCAUUGUUGUAAAGUCUUGUUAUACUUGCAAAAGCACACAUGAGGGCGCUAAAUGAUGCACCGGUCAUUGGAUAUCACAUGGAUAGUCCUCUAGCAAACCUUGUUAAUACAAAUAUUUAACUUAAGUAUUUGGCCAAAUGAUGGGCUGUGAUAUGAGUGGAAAAAAUAAUACCAUAUUACCAGCAAGAGGAUAGUGAAUCUGUCCAAUCUAUAAACCACUUUAUAAGGUUACAAAAUUAUUUAAAAGGUGCUUUUUGUCUUUCUUUUUUUUUUUUUCUCUUCAGACGCUGAAUUUGCAAAUGCACUGACCACUGUAGCUGGCAGACACAAGGUUAAUCCCUACUCUGUCUUGUAGUGAUUAUGAAUUGUGUCGUUGUUAUAUUAGUUAAAAUUAAUAUCACUGGUUUCAAUGCUUCAGAAUUUAACAGGACAGGAAAUGAAGAGCAUUAGAUAUUUUUUGACUGCCUGAUACAACAGAAGUCUUCUUUUUCCUAAUUAAUUUUAAAUGGUAAGGACAAUUCUACUUGAUAAUGCUUUUAAAUCUUGUGACACUGUUAAAGAAAGGAUACUGAACUAUUCAAGGCUGCUGUGUGUGUGUGUGUGUGUGUGUGUGUGUGUGCGCGUGGGUGUGUAUACUAGGAGAAAAACACACCACUUGAUCGGCCUUCAGGAGAUUUCACUGUAUAAUAAUAGUUUAAUGUGCAGGCCGUCAAUUUAUAAUUUUAAUUCAUUGAGCAAACCAAGGUGCUUUUGUAUUGAUUGAAGGUCCUGCAGUUGGUCAGAGAAACACGUUAACAUUUGUUAUGUUGGAACUCUGUUUCCAUAGACUUUUUGUUUGCCUAUGUGCUUGCGAAAUGAAGCCUUAGGAACUAAGAAAUAUUAACUUGUUCUUUAUCUUAACCAUCAGGCAAUCACUUCAUCACAGAGCUAAAUCAAAAUCUAAAAAUGGAGCACUUAAUUUGCUAAAUAUAUUAAAUCUGCUAUUCACCAAAAUUGAAGUUAAGAAGCCACAAGGAUGUUUUGCAUCUGUUGGGCGUUACCCACUCAGAACACUAGAUGGUGCGCUACUCUUGAAAAUAUGGAUAUGUACUGUACUAUGUCCUGCAAAAAUGUCACUAUAUUAAUGUUGAGGAAAAUUUUUGUGUGUGCAUUUAAAUUAUACUCGUUUGACUCUGUCCAUACAUCGUCAUCACACACUUAACAUUUGCCUACAACAUCCUCUGUCAGUCUUAUUGGUGGGAUUAAACAGCCAAAUGAGUUGAAUAAACUCAACUUGGUAUGACAUGA